AACACGCUGCGAUGCAAGUGACAACUUGACAACGGCGGUUUAUUCAGAUCAUUUAACCUAUGCGAUUUCUAACGGCAACACGACCGAAGUCGAAGCCACGGCCACAACGCAGGCAGCGUCAGAAAAUAUCUCGUGCUUUAAAGCCCUACAAGAUCAACAAGCGUUCGUUAAUAAUGACGACAUGUGCAUCACACACGUGACUGUUCCCAACCAACACAUGAAUGUGACUGACCGCCGGAAACGCCGAUCCUAUUCGCGCAGGAACAAAUCCAACGAAGCGGACCCCAUCAUUCGCACUCAGUGUCUAGAAACCCAUACUCAAAAGCCGAACUCAGAGAUACCCCGAACAAAUCUCGCUCGUCUGUUCAUAAAGGAGAACAACUGUGCUCCGAGAAAGGAGAUAAAACCGGAAACACUUCCCCAAACAUUUGAACAAUGUCAGUAUAUGUUUAAGAACGUCGAGGUCGUAAAUGGCGGCUUCGGGAUCAAGAACCCAUUGCUCACUGAUCAAUCUGGAGCAGUACUCUAUGGACACACGGCAGAUAGAAGCACGGCGGAUGGGACCCUGUACAUGUGCCGUGUUUGCAGCAAGCGUUUCCAGUGCGCGCGUCUGCUGAACCGUCACGUGAAGUGUCACUCGGACGUGAAGCGCUACUUAUGCACGUUUUGUGGCAAGGGAUUCAACGACACCUUUGACCUCAAGAGACACACACGGACGCAUACAGGCGUGAAGCCGUUCCGGUGCUCGGACUGCGGGAAGGCGUUCACACAGCGCUGCUCCCUAGAGGCUCACUGCCGGAAAGUGCACCGGAACAACCAGCAGUACGCCUACAAGGAACGCAGAGCGAAGUUGUAUGUAUGCGAGGACUGCGGUCACACGGCACGUGACCCGGAUACGCACGCGCUGCACGUGACUACCGUACACAGCCACCCGCCACGGCGCUACCACUCGUAUCUCCAUCCGGUAUUCUGUGGGCACAUAUGAUAUGCAUAUAUAAGGCGAGAUGCAGCAAUGGACGAUUCUUGUAUAUGAGUGAGAGCCAUCAUCUCCCUCGUGUUAUUACAUUUAGGCGAACCGAAGAAAACAACUCUUCAACAGAUCUGCACAAUGAACCUUACUUAUGC